AUGGCAGCGCCAUACAGCGUUUCUGGUGGACCAGCGGGGCUUCUGGCCGAGAAGAUCCGGCUGCUGAAGGAGCUCGAGGUUGAGCUCCCUCGUUUUAGCGCAGACCUCGUUGACUUCGAAGACCGCUUUUUGAACAGCCGAAUCAACAACAAGGAUGAGAGGCCGUUUCGGGAAAGGGAGGCGGUUGUAAAGAGAGUUAUAGAGGAGAUAGAGAUGACCCAAAGAUUGCAGACCAACAAGGUACGAGUAGUGUCCUUGUGGAGCCCGAGAGGAACGGGCAAGACAUCGCUCAUCCGUCAUUUGGCAAAGGUUUCAAUCUUUUCCGAAAUUCGACGGUGCGGGCGGCUCUUGGUGUUUGAUGCGAUCAAGAUAGAUGAAGCGACCGUGCUUGGUGAAGAUGCUGGAGCUCUUGUUUCUUCCAUAGCUUUGUGGCACCUUUGUGAGAUCUUCCAUGGCCACUCUGUGGAGCUGAGUCCUCGGAAGGUGGUGAAUUUCAAGCGCAUGCAAUUCGCGAAUGUGAUGAAGAUCCUCCGAGGUCCAUGUCUACCCCUUCUUCUUCUUCUUCUUUCGGACUUGGGCUCAAGAAGAUUGUCUAUCUGA